CAUAGAUAUGGUCCUGUAUCAGAGCCUGAUGACGUUGGCUAUCAUAGGGUUUGGCAAUAGGGUUUGGCAGCUGUUCCGGCUGGAAGAGAAGCGGGUGGGGUUUCGUCAGCUGAGUUACAAGAAGACAGAAGAGGAGACGCAUGCAGUGAAGAGUUACCUGCACCUGGAAAAUCACAGAGGAGAGAGACAAAAUGUUUGGAGUCAGUGGGGAUCCUGUUUUACUUCAGCUGGAUCAUGAAUUUGCGCAGGUGAGAGAUUGCGAUGUUUUAUGCAAACGGCCAUUGACAAGCAGCCAGGAGCACAUGGGAAACACCGAAUUUGGAAACAAGGAGGAACUGCAUUGAUGCAACAGUAGGGCACAUCUCGCAGGAGGGGAAGAUUUAACACUUUCAGAGCUGAGGAGCGAGCAAACCAAGACCGAGAAAGGAAAAGCUCACGCUGAAGCAUGAGGUUCACAAAACUCCGGUACUUCUGCUCGGUAGUAGGGAUUGUCCUUUACGUGGUGGACAUCGGCUCUGACAUCUGGGUCGCCGUGCAGUUUUACCAUGAUGGACACUACGCCUGGUUUGCACUGACUCUUUUACUCGUGCUGAGUGGGUCUGUAAGCACUCAGAUCUUCAGCUACGCCUGGUUCAGAGACGACAUUGAACAAGGGGAUCUGGCAUGUGGAAUGACCAAGACACAACUCAAUUUUCUACAUGUCUUGCAGCUUGGCACAUUUACAAGGUAUUAUCAGCUUUUGAAGAAGGGCGUCACAGCAAUCCAGACCAAACAUUCCCUGGGCUCCCAGGACAGAACACUCCACCUGCAGCUGUUCGGCAUGGCCACCGAUCUGAGCAUGCUCAAACUGUUCAGGACCUUCCUGGAAAGCGCCCCUCAGCUGCUCCUCCAGGUCUACAUCAUCCUGGGCCACAGCCACAGAUCCAUAAUACAGUAUAUUUGUGUCACUGGAUCCUUCCUCAGCAUUGCCUGGGCAACUGUCGACUACCGCAGAUGUUUUCGAAGAUCCCUGCCGCAUUUAACAGAGAUGCCCUCUGGUCUUCCGACAGCGGUGUACUUGCUCUACAAGCUCCUCACUAUCCUGUCUCGCGUCUUAAGCCUCAGUCUGCUGGUUGUGUGGAACGCCUACUGUGCGUUGGUGCUGGCUUUUGUUUGGCUGCUGGGAACAGUGUGGACCCACGUACUUCAGACAGAUUUCUGCACGUCUGAAUAUCUGGAGGAGUUUUAUAGGGGCGUAAUUGGAGUCAUACUCAUCUUCACAUUUUUCAACGUCAAAGGCCAAAACACAAGAGUGCCAAUGGUUAUCUACUACACGCUGUACGUUUUACAAAACCUAGCAGUUCCCGUGAUGGUUUUCUUCUUGAAAUCUGCAGAUGAGAUGUCCAGCUAUUUCUGGCUGGUAACUUUUGCGAUAGCAGGGAGCCUGCUGGCAGGACUGAUGUGCCUGUCUGUGUUCUACGCGUUCAUGCAUCCGCGGGGUGAGAGCCGAGAGGCUGACGAGGUGGACGGCCUGGGGGAAGAGUCAGAAAACUCCCGGCGGAGGAAAAUGUUUUUGCAGCAUUGAUAUAAAUAUUUGUUUGGCUUUGGUGGGGUUUUCAGCUGUUGAGACUCAAUAUACUGGAGCCAAAAUGUGAGCCAAUGCAAAGCUUGAAACACAAAGGGGAAUAAAGUGGCUCAUAUGUACAAGACAAACACUGGUAUUAUGGUCUGUGUACAAAGGAACAUACAUUUCACUCUGAAAGUUUAUCGGAUUGCUUCAUGGACUCAUCUGUGGCUACCUUCUCAAAAGAUUUACGAUGCCUGCAGCGAUCAGUGAACACUGGGUGGCACUGUUGUGUCACCUGAAAUUUGUUG